AUGAGCUCUAUGGGAUACAGAUUGACUGCGGUCAAGGGGCUCAAACACUUGAAGGCGCCCAAGGAAGAUGGAACAGAGCAAGACCUCGAGGACUUCUUCACGGGCCUGACUGACAAAGCAAUCAUCAUGUGGGCGGACGGAGAUGAUGUGGGCUACAUUCUGGAAGAAAACACAAAGCCUGAGAUAAAGGAGCUUGAUCCACUAACGGCUGCAGAAGAGGCCGACGCCAGAAAGGUCAAAACGUACGAUCGGUUGAUGGAUAAGUACGAAGAUCAGAAGGACGCCUUUCGGAAUAACACAAUUGCUAUGUUUCAGCUAAUCAUGAGCGAUGUGACUAGGAACUGCCUAAAAAUUAUCUGA